GUUCAUUGGCCACUGAACACCUGACCCCGGGAAGUCUCGUCAGUGUUCAGGACCUGCUCACCUGUCUGAUUGCCAGGAGCGCACAUGGACUGCUUUGACCCUUUCAUCUUUUUCCUUCUUCUGAUUCGCUUGCAGGCUUCAGGUCAAGCGCCCGGGGACAACGGCGGGUGGGGACUGGAGUCUAGUCUUAGUGAUGAAGGACGAUGCAACGUGGACAUCCGAGAUGUGAAUUCAAUCACACACGCAGAGUUUAUACACGAAUAUGCCUACACUAAGCCUGUGAUACUAAGAGACAUCACAGAUAAUGCAAAGUUCCGCUUGUUGUGUACCAAGACCAACUUACUGAGGGAGUAUAGCGAUAAAAGAGUUCGACUGAGUACUGCCAACACACACUCGUACAGGAAAGUGGAUGUGCAGUUUAAAGAUUUUGUUAAGUUCCUGUUGAAUCCUCAGUCAGAAGAUACUUUGGGCAGUGAUACACUGUACUUCUUUGGGGACAAUAACUUCACUGAGUGGCACUCUCUGUUUGAGAAGUACAAAGCUCCACCUUACCAUCUACCUUACACAAGCCCAGCAUACAGCUUUGGCAUCGCAGGUCCAGGUACAGGAGUACCGUUCCACUGGCAUGGUCCUGGAUACUCAGAAGUCAUCUAUGGUCGAAAGCGGUGGUUCCUCUACCCUCCUGAUGAGGCUCCGGAGUUCCACCCCAACCACACCACUUUGUCCUGGGUCACACACUCCUAUCCCAACCUGGAGCUUUGGAACAGACCACUGGAGUGUACCAUCAGACCGGGGGAGGUACUGUAUUUCCCUGACCGCUGGUGGCAUGCUACUUUGAAUCUGGAUACUAGUGUUUUCAUUUCCACUUUCCUGGGCUGACUGAUGACCACCACUUGCAGCUCCUUGCUCGUUCCUAGAGGACCAAUCAGAGACCCUCAUUCACUAACAUUAUUCCUAGAGGACCAAUCAGAGCGCCUCAUUCACUGACAUCAAGCAAAGACCAAUGAGAUCAACCACGUGACCCGGUGGACCAAUCGUGUACCAGAGUUCUCCACAUAAAGCACCCCCCCUUCACACUGGAGCCAUGCAGCCAAUAUGGCUGCAUUGCUGAUGCCCCUAGUAGAUGCUUUUAAGAAUCUACUCCUUUUACAGUGACAUUUCAACAGCAGAAGAACAGAGAGCAAUAUUAACCGUGGUUGUUCUUGGUCUAACCCCAGGUGGCCAUGACGACACAUGGAAUAAAAAUCAGUUUUACCAAUAAAGAUUGUGCUUUUCUUAAAACCA